AUGGCUCCUCCUCCAAAUCAUUCCCGUUUCCUAGAGAUUAACCUCGUUUCCGCUGAAGACCUCGCUCCGGUCUCCAAAAACAUGAAGACCUACGCGGUGGUUUGGGUCAAACCGGACGAGAAGCUCGCCACCGGAGUCGACCAGAAAGGCGGAACCGACCCGACAUGGAAUGACCGGUUUACGUUCAAAGUCGAUGACAAGUUCUUGAACUCGGAGGAUGCAACCAUCGUUGUUGAGAUUUACGCGGCGGCGUGGGUUAAAGAUGCUUUGGUAGGAUCGGUUAAUGUUUUGUUUAACGAUAUUUUCCAUCUGCGAUCUGUUACCGACGCCAAAGUCAAUAACUCCGCCAAGAGGACCGUCACGCUUCAAAUUCGCCGACCUUCCGGCCGCCCUCAAGGGAUUCUUAUGAUGGAGGUUGCCCUCGUUGACAGUGCAAUGCGAAGCAUGCCUCAGGAAACGACAAACGAAGGAGGCGGCGACGGCCAUGAGAAUCAUGAGACAAAUGCGAACGCCAAGAUAAGCCGUUCACAAAGCGACCGAACGGAGUUAACAAUGGAAGAAAACUCGGAUAGAAGGAGUGAGAAAUUAUCGAUUGUUAAUUGUGGGUCAGCUUCCAGUUGCUCCGGGUUUAAAUUCAACGGCGGAAGCAUGGUGAACGGCGAAUCACUUUGUAACUCGGACGUGGGGCCAUCGGCUUCCAUUGUGGCGGCGGCCAUUGCAAAAGGGUUGUAUCAUCCGCCGGUUAACAAUCAACCUCAGACGAACGAAACGAGUAAGAUAUCAGAAUGGACAAAGAAAGAGAGGGAAGAGGAGCUGUCGAUGCGGUUAGAGAGGUGGCGGUCGGAAAUUCCGUAUCAUGGCGCCGGGAUCGGGGAAGCGAAAAGAUCGAGGAAAGGGAGGAGGUCGAGGUACAAAAGAAGCGGGUUCAGGUUGUUUUCUUGCUUCGGCGAUGCUUUCCGAUUUGAAAUUUCGAUUGGAAGUAAGAAGAAACAUAGUAAUGGAAAUAAAGGCAACCGCAACGGCAAUGGCAACAAUAAAAUCUGCCAUUUGGGCUCUGUAAACGAAAAUAAUAGCAAAUCUGUUGCUUGA